GCUCUUUGAUCUAAGGUCAGCCAGUCUUCAGAAAAAGUCCUUGCUUUUUGCUUGUAAUUGUUGUUUAGCAAUGGGUUUUGAAGGCAACUAUGGAGCUUCAGUUGUAGUUCCAGUUAAGGAUCUAAGUGUUGGUUCAUGUCAUGCUGCUGAAAAGAUUACUGACACAGUAUAGAAGUGUGCAUAUCAUGUAUUUGCUUGUAUCGGUCGGUAAUGCACUAUGAUGCGGGUUAGAUUGAUAUUGCCAAACUUAAACUAAAUUCAGCCAAACCAAUUCACACUACAUUAUUUCAUUCAGGUAGUUUGGUUUCGCAUCUUUUCCUCCCCAGGCCUUCUAUAAGCCUUUUGCAAGCUAAAAGCAUUAAAUGUUUGAAAUUGGAGGUGGACAGGGCCUAGAUGCAGAGAGUUAAUCAUGUCUUAUGAUGAAUUUUCUUCAUAACCGACAGGCAAACAUUAUUGUUCUAGUUUGAUAGUGGAUAAUAAUGAAUAAAGAUAGAUCCUUGGAUUCUAUAAACAAAUCAAUCUUUUACAAAAAAUUCUGUAUGGUUUGGAGGGACUCUGCAUGACAUGAUUCCUUUGUAUGAAUCAAAGUUUCUUAGAGCAAGUUUAUGAUGCUUUACAAUUUUCACUUAAAAAUUUUCAUUUCAUCAGCUUUGUUUUGGAUGGUUUAGGCGAAGAUAAUGCUAAUCUAUAGCUUGUGGGCAACCUUUGUUGAUUAGUGUGUCACAUAUAUUCAGGUUUUGUCUAUUAUCUGCAUCAUACAUGUUUAGUUGGACCAAUGAUGCUUCAUAUCUUUUAAACCGUCAAAGUUGGUUUAUAGAUGUUCAGGACAUGUGUACUCAUCAGUGUGAAGAUCUUAAUAACCAAUCACACUUCUUCCUUGGCCACAUACCUUAAUUAAUGAUAGCAAAACAAUCGUAAAGUGAGCAAAAAAUAUAACCUAAAAAAAUGAAAAAAUCGAGGUGAUAAUCUUAGUGUUUCCUUAUAAAGCAUAGAUUCACAGUAUUUAAAACAGUUUCUUUAAAACAUGAAAUUUGUUCAUGGACAGAAUGUGUAAUGAACUGCAUGGUGUUUAAGAAAUAAAAUGUUGAAGGAUUUUUGCUCAUGCACAUAUUUUGUAGGUUCAUGAUUUUUUAGGAAACAAAAGCUUUGGUGAUUUGGGUUCAUGUACUUGUGGGUUGUGCUUUGUAGUGGUUGAUUUUAUUUAGGAAUGAACCCCUGGGUAAUUUUGGUUAAUGAAAAUGUUUUAUUAUCUUUAAUGCAUCCCAUGAGAGCAAAUAAAAUUUUAGUUAAUUUGGUUUGCUGUCCUGCCAUACGUGCAGUAAUGGAUUGAACACUUUUCAGGAGUAGCAUUUGGGUAAUUUUGGUUCGUGGGUGAUCUUUUGUUCCGGUGCAUCAUUUUUUUUUUAAUGACAUUUAGGAGACAAUGUCUUUGUAGAUGUUUUUUCUUGUACUUGCAGAUGCUCUGUAAUUUUUUGCAUGUUGUUCUUGGAAACAAAACCCUCGGUGAUUGGUGAUCCCAUACAUGUAUUUUAAACUCCCAUGACUGGUAAACAAAAUAUAUGACAGAUACAUUGCUAUCCUGCCUAUCAUCUAGCUUUGAGUUCCAUCUCUAUAUAAGCAUAUGAAGGAGGGAAAGGAAUUCUUGCAGAACCCACCUCUUACCACCUCUCAAUCAACUAGAAUGACAGUACCUCAUGUGGAAGAGAGUGUCUCCCACAUAUCUCCAUCUCAUGACUGGACAAAAGAAAUAAAUUUACUAUAAGCCCUUGCACCUUUGCUCCCUUAUGCAAGCGAUGCUUCUCAAGAUAUUUAUGCAUCUCUUCACAUGUUGGAAGGUGAUUUCCUUGUAAAGCAUUCACCAACUGAGACAAAUUUCAGCCGCUCCGAAGGUUCCUCCUCUUCUCCUCCUCCUACCAUUUUUCUGUUUUUCAAAAUUUAUCUACUCUUCUUCUUCCACCGUUGCUGGGUAAGCUGGGAUCAAGUGAAUUAGUCAAGCUCCAAAAGCAAGGUAAUUUGACCUCACAAAUACCAUACAAACGCAUCCCUUCAGCCAUUGCCUUCCCUUUCCACCUUUCUAGCGUUAGACUAUAUGGCAUACAUGUAUUGGGUGCUUGAGGAAACCCAGAGAAAUUGACACCACAGUUGACAGAGCUCACUUUCACUACAGGAUUCAUGGUAUCUUCUUACUGAUUCAUUGAGACCCAAUACUCAUUAGAGUCUCUGAGGAUCAAUUCAUCCGUGUAGUUGGUGAUUGGAUGGUUUACUCAGAGAUGUUCAGGGAUGGAGGCAAGCAGGAGCUUUGCAAGCAUACAAGACAUUGUCUCGUUAUGAAAGCUAGCCUUGCAUGGUUUCUGAGUUGCUCAUAUUCCUCAAAAAUCCAAACAUGUUGCUCUGUGUUUAUAGAACAUAUGAUGGAAAAAUAUGACGGAAAGAGCGCAUCUUUCAGGAUGAGAACUCAGGAGCGAUGACAGACUCAAAACUCCAAGAGCCCACAUGGUCUUCAAACCUGCUUCCUGCUAUUGGCUUUGCCACUAUAACACUUGUGUUGUACUGCUAACACUUGCUAAUUUAUAUCGCAUCAUUUGCUUGUGUGGCAUCUACUUGCUGAUUCAAAAUCUGUGGUUUCAUGGAUUACAGGUAUCCCCCUCAUCUAGUAAUCAUUUGAUUACAUAUUAAUCAAUCAAAUUAACAACUAAAGCGAGCUAAGUGCGCUCAUUAUUCAAUGUGUGUCGCAGUAAGGAAUUAAUUAACAAGGAUCUUAAUGUAUAUCAUAUCUUAAGAUUAGGCGAACACCAAAUAAAUUAAGGAUUGGUACUCUAGUUUUGCGAGCUGUAGCGGUCAGCUAAUCUUGUGUUGGAAACAUGGUGCAGAAGGGCUCAUGUUUUUAUCUAAUUUCCGACUUGGCUGCACAGGACAAGCGGAGGAUAUCCAUUUGAUGCAGAGAGACAAGAUGCGAGUCAAAUUGAAAUUUAGAGACUUUUUUUUGAGAAUUAUGCAGGUAUAUAUAUAGUCCCACAUCGGUUAUAUAUAGAGAACCAAGAAACUUAUAUAAUACUAUCUGACUGGUAUUUUUGGAUAAGAUACUUGGUUGCGAUAUAGAGUAUUAGAAUAAAUCCGGCCUAUGGCCCAUGUGGACUAGAGAACAUUGUAGACAUCAAUUUUUUCUCUUCCUCAUUUUUCCUUUUCCUAUAAUUAUAUACAUAAGGAGGCAUGUUGCCAUCCAAAUUGGAACAUGAAAUCUCUCCAUAUUGCAUGCCCUUAUGAGAGGGAUGCCAACAAAUCAAACCAAACCCUGUUCUCAAAAAUGAUAUGUUUCACACUUUUACAUCCUCUUACUUAUGAAGAAAUGGGACUCGUUGAAUUGGCAUCAAAACGGUUAUUAAAAGAGAUUGCCUCACAAUUCCUUCCUCGCAAUUCGUUUCUGUCAAGGUUUGCAUCUUCUUCUUCAGAUAUGCCAGCUUUUAUUGGUGCUAUGACCAUGUUUUUUUCUUUAGCAUUAACACUUCUCAAACUUAUGAGCUUGACAAACAAUAAGGCUACGUCUUAAUAAUGAUGAAAAAGUGGAGCUAAGUUGACCGGAGUCACAAAAGAAGCAGCUCGAACUGUGCGAUGAAUCACAAUUCAACUUACAGGAUCACCCAACUGGUAUAUAAUUUACCCUUAAAGUAUUUAAAGCUAGGGUUUAGAUGGAAGACUUCAUGACCUAUAAAUUGGAAGUCCUUGGGUCCGGCACUGAGUUAAAUGCAUGGGAUCUACCAGUAAUCAUCCAUCUUGAUUUCUUAUUACUACAUUAAUAUAAAUAAACAAAUAUACGAUUUCUAUAUUAAAAUCUCUUCAGUAUCUUGUCUAGAAUUUAACUUGCCAUAAGCUAAGUAGCUGCCAAGAAAAAAUUUAUAUAUCUAUAUGAAAAUGGGCUUCCGAGGCCACAUGCUCAUAAGUGUGGAAAGCGAGAAGGGAGGCUCAUAUGGGAAUCUUCGACGUGGGAAUGCGAGAGAUCCGGCGACCCUUCUGCUGCCCUGCUCUCUUCUAAUCUUUCCUUCUCUCCACAGUCCUCUUCACUCGUUCCAUUUCGUUCAUCCAUGCCAGCUAACAACUCCUCACAAAAAUAUGUGCAAGCGCUUCACAGCUCGAUGCUAGUAUAAAGACUUCAUCAGUCCUCUCCCCAUAUGGAUCUUAGCUCGCAAGGAGCAAUAUAUGAGCUUUUCCUCUAUGGCCCUCGCCAAGGAGCGAACGCUGGAAGGCUCGCAAACCGGUUCGCUCUAUGGGAAUGUGCAGGGAGGAGGGCCCUCCAUUCAAGGGUUGGAUCCUUCUUCGCUCGAGUUGUUUGGCUACAAGGGCCACAAUGAUGUGCUGCUUAAGGAUGGAGGAGGCUUGGAGUCCUUCGGGGGCUAUUCUGGAGGCCUUCUUCCUAUGUUGUCUGAUCCAAGCAACUCAUCCUUCGUGUUUGGGCCGCUGAACUCUUCACCACAAGGAACUCGCUCCGUUGUCGACGUCGACGCAGGGUCCAGCCAUUGGGCACACUCAGGCUCUUCCGUCCUUAGCUUUGAGCAAGGGGAUAGGCUGCUUUGCACUAGCUAUCCAAACAUUGAUCAUGAAGAUGAAAGUGCUAUUUGGAUGGAUGACAUGAUUCAAAAUUACCAACUGAAUGACUUUGACAUGAAGCGUGGCACUGACGCUCGUUUGAUUCAAGACCAAACUUGUUUUGAUAUGGGAAAUGGGUAUAAAUUGAAUGAGAACCGAGAGAACAAGAAGCGGGGGUUCGGGCUGCUAUACAUGGGCGCAGCUGCUGGUGAUGGUCAUCAAGAGAGUGCCAAGCAAGAGAAAGGCAUCCAAGAAUGCCCUUAUAUGGGUGGUGAAUUGCAAGCCUCCAAGAAGCAUUGCUGUAGCACAUGGAAGACCAAGGCCAAGCCUAGUCCAUCCAAGGAUCCUCAGAGUAUUGCAGCAAAGAACCGAAGAGAGAGGGUAAGCGAGCGGCUAAAAAUUCUGCAAGAUCUCAUUCCCAAUGGAUCAAAGGUUGAUGUGGUUACCAUGCUAGAGAAAGCCAUUAGCUAUGUGAAGUUCCUCCAAUUGCAAGUGAAGGUAUUAGCAACUGAUGAGUUCUGGCCAGCGCAAGGUGGGAAAGCACCUGAAGUGUCUCAAGUGAAGGAGGCUAUUGAUGCCAUCUUGUCUUCUCACAGAAACAGCAACUCUAGCUCCUAGCAGUUAGCCUUUAAUGGGAAGAAGUCAAGAGGACACAAUAAGAGGACUCCACCAGAAGAAAUAAAAAAAAGGAACCUUCAGAUGCCAAGAAAAUAAGGCAUUUUUAUAGCUUGGUGCUGAAGAGUAAAAAGAAAAGGCCAUUUUCAUCUUUUGCUCUUUCUGAUGCUUAUGUAAUAUUUUUAUGAGAUGUAAUGGAACUGAACUGAACCGAACUGCAGCAACUUUAGAAAGGAGUUUGAACUGAGGAAUACAGAGUAUCUUAAUUUUUAUUCCCUUGUUGAUUA